GUUACAAACAGCCCUUUACACUCAGUUCACUGACCGGCUGUAUUUUAGACCAUAGCUUCUCAUGUCGCUGUUUCAGAGUAAAAUUUUCUCCCACUCUUUAGCAGGGCAAUCGUGGGCGAGUACUAUUAGUAAAGGGCCCUCAGUGCUCACUUCCGCCAGGCAAUCCUCGCUUCUCGUCCCUCCUCGAACCCUCCGUGCGCGUGCAGAUGAGCAACACUACUGUGUGUCCCCCCGACGUGAACGCGGAGAUCGUCUCCCAACUUCAGCGUGGUCCAACCAUUGGUGUAGCCUAUAUCGGAGUGGCCAUAUCCUCUGCUCUGUACGGUGUAACGUGCAUUCAGACAUUCCAGUACUAUCGGACACCUAGAGGGCGAAUCGACACACGUCUACUGCGGCUCAUGGUCAUUGUACUAUGGUUACUUGAUUCCACACAUCAAGCAUUGAUCGUGCAUGUCAUGUACUACUAUCUGAUUCAGAACUACCUAAAUGCCCGCGCGCUCCUAGACACUGUUUGGAGUAUUCCAACUGAAAUAAUCGUCAAUGGGUUCAUUGCGUGCAUCGUCGAGAUGUUCUUCAUCAUGCGGAUCUGGAAGCUCAGCAAGAACCCCUUAAUUACCGGUGCAUGUACGAUCUUUGCCGUCGCUCACUUCACGAUGUCCCUAGUCUAUCCCAUCAGAACCUUCUUCUAUCCUUCUCUCGUAGAGGCAGAGACCAAGCUCAAAGUCACCGGCUCGUUUGGCUACGGCAUUGCAGUGAUCGAGGACAUUUGCAUUGCCGCUUCUCUGGUGUGGUACCUUCGAAAAGGACGUUCAGGCCUUUGCAGGUCGGACGACUUGAUUGGCCGUCUUGUGAUGCUCACUAUUACCACCGGAUCGCUCACGACGAUGUUCGUGAUCGCGAACCUGGUCGCUUACCUCGCCGCGCCGUCUCAGCUCUACGUGCUGUUCUUCAACUUCAUGCUCGGCAAGCUGUACACCAACUCGCUUCUCACCUCACUGAACAGUCGCACGUAUAUGCGCGGCGACAACUCGUCGACUAUACGGCUUGGAAACUCGACCCUCCCAGCGUUCACCACCUCACUGCUGGUGGCACAAGCCGAGCAAAGCCAGGGCGCUGAGGAGAAAGAUGAUUCCGUCGUCUAGUGGCCUCGCGAAGGUGCCCCGUUUGCUACGUUCGUACUACGGCGAUAUUGAGACAUCCUAGAGAGAUUCUCAGCAGGGAAAGCGCCUCUUUCUUGCAUGUGUUGCUACGCUU